AGUAGCACUUGGAUUUAUUUUCAGGGUACAAACAGUACCUAGAGAGUUGAGAAGUGUUUGCAUUUUAAUUAUUUUAUGCAAGUGAGUUGAUUUUUCAAAUCAAAAGGUAAAGGAGACCAGUGGACUUGCUGAUUUUCUGUUUUUCAAGUUAGCAACUUUUUGUCCAUUAUUAUUCUAUUAGGAGCCUUAUUAUUGUAAUUUUCUUUAGUGCCAUCGUUACAGGCUUAUUUAUAAUAUAUAAAUAGCUGAACUGCUGCCUCAAAGGCGAGACAGUUGUGUCAUAAUGAUGUAACUGCACCAUAGGAGUCACGAUCAUGUGAGCGUGUUGACAUCAGAGUUAGAAACAAAUGAGAAUCUGCGCACAACCUCAGCAUAUGAGUUCAAUAACCCUCUUUCGCAAUGUGAGAAUAAUAGAGCAAUCGCUUCCUGACGCUGGAUGUGUAGGGACUGGCGUCACCUUGCUCUUUUAAGCUUGACUGUCCUCCUGAUACACAGGGACUUGGUCUGUGUUGAGGUUGGUAGCUUGUUUCCAGACAUGAGAGCACAGGCACUUGUUCUCUCCGUCUCUCUCCUCUAUCUGUGCCACUCUUUCAUUCACCCUCAGUGAGUGCACACGUUCAUCUCCCACUUCAAGCUCCAGCUUUAUUCUCACCCCUGGAUUACUCGUCUAUUACAAAGAUGACAUGCCACAGGAAGCUAUUGGAAAACUAGAACUGCAACUGGUUUAAAAGAGUUUUGUGAAGCUGCUGGUCUUGGUUUUUGAUGCAGAUCUGUGCAAGACUUUAUGAUAAGUCAAAGAAGUCAGCUCCUAUGAUCCACUGAGCCGACUCGACAUUAGCCUCUCAACGGUCUCACCACUUAAUCAUGGAGGACUCGACAGAGGUGCGGACGGACGGAAACUCUUUGCUUAAAGCAGUGUAUCUGUGCCGCCUGAGGUUGACGCGUCUGCUGCUGGAAGGAGGGGCUUACAUUAAUGAGAGUAAUGAGAGAGGAGAAACUCCACUGAUGGUGGCCUGCAAAAGCCACCAUGCCGAUGCUCAGAGUGUGCCAAAACCCAAGAUUAUCAGGUAUCUUCUUGAAAAUGGUGCGGACCCCAACAUUCAGGAUAAGUCUGGUAAGACUGCCCUAAUGCAUGCCUGCAUAGAGCGGGCAGGCGAUGAGGUGCUGUCGCUUCUGCUCUCCAGUGGAGCUGACCCUAGUUUGGAGGACCACACUGGUUCCUCCGCUCUGGUCUAUGCAGUUAACGCUGGAGACAAGAAUGCACUGAGAGUACUGCUGGACGCCUGCAAGGCCAAGGGCAAAGAGGUUAUCAUCAUUACAACAGACAAACUACCGUCCGGAAGACAAAUGACCAAGCAGUAUCUGAAUGUACCACCUCCUCCAAAUCUUGAGGACCGGUUGCACUGUGCCCCUGCGUCAUGUAUGUGCCCUUCUGAAAUUAAACUCUGUACCCCUUUUAUCUCACCACCCACCAAUAACCAAUCUGAGACCCUGGGAUCCACACCAACACUGUCCACAUCCAAGCCAGGAUCACCGACUCAAGAUUCAAGCCCUCUGCAAGCAGCAAGUGUGGCGAAGCUGUUGCAUCUACAGAGGCUUCACUCUGAGCCCUGGCUGAAGAUCCCUCCAUCUCUGCUCCUACAGCAAAGUAAGUCCUCAUCCUUGACCGAGGAGCUUCUAGAUAUCACUCCCAAAGAGGAGCUCUCUUUUGGGUACAAUGGAGCUCCACUGAGAGCGACAUUAGCUCGGCACCAAAGCAUCGACGUCAAGGACUCUACUGGUCUGCUUAGAGCCUUUGAGACAACAUCUGAUGCUGAAAGAGAACUAACAAAAGAACAGAAAUGGCUCAGUAGAAAAAUGUCUUAUGAUGGUGAACUGCUACCACACUCUUCCUCACAUCAGAACCUCAAACAGGCAUCCAUCUCCGAUACUGCCCCUGUGGACCGGGACCCAGACUAUCUUCCCAACCUGGCCGUUUCAAGCCUACGCAAUGUGUUUAGCCGGCGCAACAUUGGAAUGGACCACUACAGUUCUGACUCUCAGUUGCCUCAAUUUGGGAGCCAACCCUCUGAGGACCUCGGGAAGUCUGGAGGAGGAGGAACCGGGGGGACGGAGAAACGCAAGCUUGUUACCAGCCGCUCCUCCACUCUCUCUGGAUCUAGAGAGUCUCUGGAGAGUCUCGUUCAGAGGAGGAGCCCAGCCAUGCUGGAGCGGAGGGGAUCCGGAGCCCUGCUCCUAGAUCAUAUCUCGCAGACACGGCCUGGUUAUCUGCCACCUCUCAAUCCGCAUGCACCCAUUCCAGAUAUUAAAGUCAAUACCAGUGUUGGCCUGAACAGUGGAAGCAAGCCGGUGGCAGGAACUACACCCAUUGUUUCUGGAUCGAGGCAUUUUGUGCCCUGUGCCCCGAGCCAUCCCAGAGAUCACAAGAAUAAGAAGAGUCUGCUAAGACGACACUCCAUGCAAACCGAGCAGAUCAAGCAGCUGGUCAAUUUUGAGGAGAUCUUUGGUCAGUAAACACCCCAAAGAAAGGUUGGGGUAAAUAUAGAGAUUUAAUGUAAUAUGUCAAUCUACACUAAGUCUGAAAUCUGAAGAGAAUAAAUGUUAGAUUGAAAUACGAUUUAUACAUCUCAACCACCUCCCUUUAUGCACUUUCCAGACUGGACAAUGGGAAUAUAUGUUUGUUUUGAUCAUUUGUAAACUUUACUUCUGUUCUUUGUGAUCUCACUCAUUAGUGUACUGAAUCAGAAAAAUGGACACUUUGUUGCUGUUUAAGGCACUGCUUCCUCUUUAAACCUGAUUCAUGUCUGCAGUGUCUUAGUAUUUACAAAACAAGAAAAUAUUGUGACCUUGUAUAUU